AUGGGACGCGGGGACUUCCCCUACCUGCUGCAGCAGUGGCUUCGCUCUUGUAUCGAUUCCUACAGGUCGACCAGCCUCUAUCAUAGGAACCUGGGCUUUUUCUUCGUCGGCAUUUUUGGUGGGGCUGUGUGGGGGAAGUACAAGAGGCAUGAAAGGGAGGCAAGGAAUGCAGACUGUGCCACCGUCCAUUUAAUGUUUUACAAGGUUCCGAAUCCACCCUUAGAGCAACGAAUAGAGCCAGCAACGCGGGGGCAAAGUGACACCCAGUCGUCCUUUCAAACAAGACGAAAAUUUGAAAAACUAUGGGAAGAAGGAGCACGGCUGCUACAACGGCAGCCGGGAUACACUUACACGCAGAUGUUUCGCAAGUUGGCGUCUGAUGAAAUCGCGCAGGCAGGAGCGGCGGACUUGGUGGAUGCAGACUUUGAGCGCCGUAGUGGUGGCCGCAAGGGUAUUGGUGCGGGUCUUGAAGCAUCUAGGGACGGUGGAAACGCGGAAAAAGAUAGGCACACACUCGAUUAUGUGGAGUUGCGGGUAUGGGAAGAUGAGUCGUUUCGUCAAAAGGCGCAAGCAAUGCAGCAACCCUACAUCGAGAAAAUGUUAUCGCUCGGAGUAAGGAUGUAUGGCGGCCUGUAUAGGCGCGUGUUUGAUGACGCGCUGGUCCGCCUUAUUCAGUAG